GAUUCCCAAAACAACCCAAAUUCAUCUACCCAUCCAUCUCACACGCCAUACACACGCAUUCAAAGCGGUUUUACCACUUUCACCAGUUGGGCCAGUGCAGCCUUCCCUUUCCAGUUGAUUUUAUUCAUGAUCAGCUCCAGCCAUCAAAUCCAGCCUUCGAUACGUACCUGCCUACUUGACUCCUCCGUUCCGUUGUGGGUGGUGGUGGUCUAGAUACCGUACAGAUACCGUACAGGUCCCGUACAGAUCUCAUCCAUCCCAUCCACUUUGCCACGGCCACUGCUCCUACUACCUGCCACUGCCACUGCCACUGCCGCCGUUUUCUCCUUAUCUAUUUUGGGGGGUGGGCAGAUUACCUACUGAUUACUCACGACGGGACUUAUUGCUGGUAUAUCUGAAAUAUCACGAAACAAAGCCUUGGAACCCAUGACAUCCUUUGGCAUAUUUUAUAAUGAAAUAUGUAGGCUUCGUAAUACACCAACCCAAAUCUAGGAUCAUUUAAUCGUCUUUGAUUCGAUCAGAGACGGAUUUUAUUCUGGCCGUCAACUUGCCAGACCUGCCUCUCAUUUGCCAUCACUCUCAGUAUUUUAUCACGGUAUCUGCAAUUACUACUGUACAUACAUACACACAUACAUACACCCAUCCACACACCCAUCCAUCCAUCCAUCCAUCCAUCCAUCCAUACCAUCUAUCCACCCAUCCAUAUCCAUCCAUAUCCAUCCAUCCAUUCAUACACACAUACUCCCCUUUCAGAGCCCCGUCGACAUCACCGCGUCUCUUCUGCUCCAAACUAAAACAACAUUCGACCCGACCAAACUAGAGACUAGAGACUAGAGACUAGAGAAGAAAAUCGCAUCCAGCGCUCCCACGCAGAUAUGGCCUCAGAUGCAUCCAGAAGAUGGCUUGAUGAGUCAGGCAUUUGGAGCUGUCGAAUCAAGGUCCCUCCACAAUCGCAUGUCGACAACCCAAGAGCAGUCGACAGUAUCAAUUCCAACAUGAACUCUAUCAACGUGGCCGCAAACACUACAAUGGAUACCGCUCUCGAGAUGACAAGUCCCGGCCGUAAGGCCAAGCUCGCGGAAACCAUUCAAUCCAUGGCAAACUUGAAUAGUAACAUUGAGAACAUGGAAUCCCCUAUGGAUCCGGAUGCCCAGGCAACAAUCACAGACUUUCUCGAUUUUACGGAAUAUCUACCUUCGGAUUUGGUUCGGUCAUUGGCACUUAUUAGUGACCUCGAUGAGAAAUAUGUCAAUGCUUCGUCGAGCUUGAAUGAUUUGACGAAAACCUAUGGUCACCUCCCCGAUCUUCCUGCCGACACAAAACCUGACCCUGUCUCUCUGCGAAAAGACAUAUCGACCAGCUUGACUGAUGCUCUCGGUGCGCGUACUUUGGCUUUCGCAGAAGCAUCACAUCUGGUUGAAAACGUGGAGAGACAUUACAAAAGGGCCCAGAAUAUAUUGGCGAAGCUUCAAACCAUGGCCGAAAACUAUCCCGAAUCUCGAGAAACAAGUCCUGUUCCGCAGAAGCCAAAUUCACCUGUCGCAAAUCGUGUGCCAGGAAAAUUACUUUUGCGAACUGGAAACCCUGACGGUCGCAUGCGUGUUCGCAAACGACGCGCGCCAAUCAUCACUGUUCCUGGUGAGGUCAUGGCUCCCUAUGAGCUCGACUACGAUUCUUAUGAUUCGUGCAGUGAUGAUUCGGAAUCCGACGCUGGUCCACCCACACCACGUCGGCAGACACCUGCGAGAUCCAUAUCAGUCAAUCCUAAGAUCAAGUUGAAGGUCAAGCCACCUAAGAAAGAGAAAGUACCAAAAGCCCCCCGGACACCAAGGCCACCUGGAGUAAUGGGAACAAACGUACAUAGCGCGGUCGCCGGGAUAUCGACAAGUAACGCACUAGCGAAACUUCAGCCUCCACCACCGGAUGCGAAAGCGGGAACCGAAGAUGCGCCUUGGCUUCAGUUGACCGCAUGGGAGCUUGCGAAGCUCAGAAAGAGAAUGAAAAAGAAUGCGGUAUGGAGCCCGAGCGAUACAAUGAUCGCACGUGAAUUAAAACAAUUGGGACGAGGAAUAGAAGCGUAUCGUACUGCAAAGAGUAAGGCUGACGCUGCAGGACAGCCUUUCGAACAAUCGGUACCACCCCAACUCACCGGGAAGACAGUUAUCGCGGAAGGUGCUAUAAGUGCAGAAGCCUUAGGCACAGAGGAGAUACAACUUAGCAAUCGUGGUAUGAAGCUUAAUGAAGCCAAGAAAUUAAAAAGAGAGGCAGCCGCAAAAGAGCUUGCCAAAUUGGCGGCCGAAGAAGCCGAAGAAUCUGUACGAAAGAUGACAGAAGCUGCUAGUACAGUAAAGAGCCUUUUUGGGAAUCAUCCCGAAGACGAGAAGAAAGAGAAAGAAAAAGAAAAAGAAAAAGAGAAAGAGAAAGAGAAAGAGAAAGAAAAAGAGAAAGAGAAAGAGAAAGAGAAAGAGAAAGAGAAAGAGAAAGAAAAAGAGAAAGAAAAAGAGAGAGAAAAAGAGAAAGGGAAAGAAAAAGAGAAAGAGAAAGAGAAAGAGAAAGAGAAAGAGAAAGAGAAAGAAGAGGAAAAGGAAAAAGAAAAAGAAAAAGAGAAAGAGAAAGCUCCUACUAAAACACCUAAGAAGCAGCCAGCAUCGAAAAAACGAAAACGCGAGUCUACCAUCGAAGACGUAAAGGCGAAUGGCGACGCAAGCUCGUCAACUAUAGAUGGCAUAACUGACAUCAAUGAUGCUCAAGGUGAUAAAGUGAAUGAAGUAGAUUCUUCAAAAUUAGGUAAGCCUCAAUUCAAGAGAACGAAGACUGAAACCCCGGUUCCACUCCCUCAUCCCAUUAUCACAAAUGCCACUCCCCGGGCAACUCCUGUACCAACUUUGGAAUCUGCCGUAUCCGUGGCAUCUUCCAUUGCUCUGUCAGUACCAGCUACAGAUACACCAAUCAGUUCUACUCCGAUUGCAUCAGCAACGGCUACAUCACCACCAAAAUCCUCAACGCCAAUUCUUCCUCCGGGUACGGAAAAGAAGGAGGCCAAGAAAGAGGCUAGAAAAGCAGCGGCGGCUGCUAAAAAAGAAGCCAAAGAAGCCGCAAAAGCAAUUGUGGAAUCGGAAUUGGCAGAAAAGAAGGAAGAUCAAAAAUCGGAAAAGCUAGAGAAGACAACUAACACACGUGCCACUCGAAAAGCAACUCCGGUUGCUCAAGUAAUUGAACCUACUACACCACCGGUAUCAGAACCCCUCCCAGCUAAAAGGCCAACAUCUUCUCGUGGUAAAGCAGCCGCUGCAAAGGAGGCGGUAGCUGCCGCUGCUAUCAAAGCAGAAGAGCCCAUUUCUGCAGCUCCCAUGCCAGCAGUAUUAGAUCGCCCUAGACGUACCAGCACAGCUCGUAACACACCGGCACCAGAAACUCGCCAACCGAGCAAAAGAGCAAAAAGGCCCGCUCCAGGCGUUGUGACUCUUACUACAGAAGGUGGAUCUACUGCUGUAAGCGUCGGGAAGAGACGUGCUGCUCCACGCAAAAAGGCAGGACAGAAAAAGGAAAAGAAGGAUGGAAGAGAAGGCAGUGCGGUUCAAGAAGUUCUGGAUGAAGUAGAUGAUGAUGGAAACUUGAUUGAUCCAAACGAACAGAGAUACUGCAUUUGUAAUCGGGUUAGCUUUGGCACGAUGAUUGCUUGUGAGAAUGACAAUUGCGAGAAAGAAUGGUUUCACUUAGAAUGUGUGGAAAUGACGGCUGUUCCUCCUAGAACCACUAAGUGGUAUUGUCCGGAUUGUAGGAUUAUUUUGGGAAUUGGUGAGAAAGGGGAGGUCAACGCUAGAGGGAGGAAAAGGUAAUGGCUGGGCUGGGAUGAUAAUGCGUGGUAGCUUUGGUGAUUGGCUAAUUAGCUAAUAUGGAGUUCACAAUAUGGCUGGCUGGCUGGUUUGAUUGAUUGAUAAUAAUGACUUUGGGAAUUGGAAUGAUUGCACAAUUGCUUGCAUGCAACAAAGGCGAUGGGUCAUGAAUUCAUGAUGUUUUCCUUGCAAUCUUGGUCCGGAGAGUGUAUGAUUAUGUAUAUUGUAUGGAUGGGAGGUGGGAUGUUGGCAGGAUGAUUUUGUGAUACUCUGUUCGAUCUGCUGGCUGGCCGGCUACUGGGGGUGGGUUGGUUGAUUGGCUGUUUGUGUGGAUGUGUAUAGACAAGUAAUAUCACAUGUACGAGUGGACAAAUGUAGAGGUUUAAUGGAAGUGUAUCA